GGCAGAGGUGUUUUGGGCCUGUUGGCAGUGACGGGUGCGGCCGCUGUGACGCCGUUCUUCUAGCUGGAGAAGCACAUUCAGGGCGGCAAAAUUUUGAAGGCGGCCUUCAAGGCAUGCAAGGAAACCUAGGUGUACUGUAGCUAAGCCUAACUCAGUAACUGCCCUAAGUACACGCAAGCAAGGUGGCAAGGUAGACUGGGCAAGGCCCAAGGGCAAGUAGAUUCUGCCCGUGCAGAAAGUGGAGUUGUGUUGCCAGCUUUGUGGCUGAGCUGAUUGGGAUCCACUCAUUGCCGUUGUUUGCUGGGGCGCAACGCGGUUGCAGGGGCUGAUGGCUGCCGCUCAGGUCGUGCAAAGCCUCCGGCGGCACUUCGAUAUCAUCCAGGACAAUGAGGACAAUGCAGAUGUCCUCACAGAAAACUUCAUGGCCGUUGCGUCGCUGAUCCCUCGCUACUGGGAGGAAGCCCUGAAGUUGAAAGCUACCAAAGAGUUGAAGGAGUCCAUGAAGAGGUUUCACUGGUGCUGGAUUGAGCUGCCGGAGUUUCCCCUGAGGCGGCUUGUCCCCACCGCCGCAAAAGCGCUGCAAAUGCACCCAAAGAACCGAGGGUUGGUCACGAUUCUAGCGGACCUGUUCGAGGACGUUUGCAAGCAGGUAAUGCCGAAUAAGCAGGAAGCGCUGAAGGCGGGUGUUUUGGCGGGAUUUCUAGAAGCAGUCUUGCAAGUUGUUGUUGUGGGGCCUGCCGGCUUCUCUUUGCUCAGACAAGAGGAAGCCGAACUCAUUGAGGGCUGCCUUCGAGCUGCCGAGAUGGUCUCAAUCACUCCGACCAACGGGUUCUACGACACUCCCCUCAAGGUCAAAAAUGAAUUCUUCGCACUCGGGAAAGCGGCCUGGAGCGACACUGAGCGACUGAGCGCGCUCCUGGAAAGGGUCCCCUGGCCGACAGAGUUCCCCAGCAGGGAGGGAGUGAACGAGCCCCUUCAGUUGCUGGCGUUUCUGCUGAGCUAUCUACCGGGGCUGUCUAUCGGCACCAAGCACUGCGUACAACUGCUCAAGAAUUUGUCCGAGGGGUGGGAGGCGACGCUGCCGGUGAAGGACAACCCCGCAUUUUUAGAGUUUUUGCGGCGACGCAUAAGCGACCUGCACAAGGAGUUGUCUGACGAGAAGCAGCGGUGGAGCAGAGAGGGCAUUGUCAUAGGCAUGGUCGACCUAGUGCUUUUCCAGCAAAGGAUCUUACUGCUGGAAGAGAUUCGUUUACUCGUCGACCGCACGCUGGACCCGUCGCUCAGGGACACAACCAUCCCCUACAAACACACCGAGAUCUUUUUGCACGAAGGGCUGACUGCGAACUUCCGCGAGACCAGCAACCACCCGACCGUCAUCACCCACAAGUACCUUACGGACACCAACAACGAGCGCGGCAUCGCGCGGCGGCGGAGCCACGAGCUCGCGAAGAAGCUGAAGAAGAAGCAGAAGGCGCCGCAGACGUGCGCGCGGUGCAACGUGGAGUGGCGGAACCUGGACCCGGACGUUGAAAGAUAUAAGAAGUGCGGGCAGUGCGCCCGGGUGCAUUACUGCGGGCCGGAGUGCCAAAAGCUGGAUUGGCCGGAGCACAAAAAGGAGUGCCGUAAGGAGGCGGCGUUGAGCCCACGAGCGGCCUCCACAGAGACCGACUGAUGCACGAAGAACACGGUUGGGUCGGGCCGUGCUCGUAUGCUUAUGGACGUUUGACUUUGCGCGGCACUACGGGUCGAGUUCGUGUAUACAGGCCAGUUAGAAAUAAGUAGUGCUUAGGCGUAAAGCGGCAGCUUUGUCUUGAUAAGAAACACCCUGAGGGGUUGCGGGUGUAACUUACACUACAUCGCAUCAUUUGAUGUACAGUUGCUUCGUUAUGAGGGACUCUUGAGAUUGCUCAAGGAUCGUCCUUUCCGGAUGGUGGUGAACCGCGUCGCAUGUAAGAACAACCCUUUUGCAGAACGCGGCUGUGCAAUAAGAUGCGCUGCCAUCAAGAAUUUAUGUGCCUUUGCUUUACAAUUUGUUCGAGUCAAUGCCAAGUUGAGCCUCAGGCGUGUCAAGUCCAG